GGGCCUAUCGGGCGGAGCGGCCGGGCGCCGGUUUGACGGGAGGAGCGGCGGAGGAUGGAGGCGGUGGUGUUCAUCUUCUCUCUCCUCGAUUGUUGCGCGCUCAUCUUCCUCUCGGUCUACUUCAUAAUUACAUUGUCUGAUUUAGAAUGUGAUUACAUUAAUGCUAGAUCAUGUUGCUCAAAAUUAAACAAGUGGGUAAUUCCAGAAUUAAUUGGUCAUACCAUUGUCACUGUGUUAAUGCUCAUUUCAUUGCACUGGUUCAUCUUCCUUCUCAAUUUACCUGUCGCCACUUGGAAUAUAUAUCGGUUCAUUAUGGUUCCAAGUGGUAACAUGGGAGUGUUUGAUCCAACAGAAAUACAUAAUCGGGGGCAGCUGAAGUCACACAUGAAAGAAGCCAUGAUCAAGCUUGGUUUCCACUUGCUCUGUUUCUUCAUGUAUCUUUAUAGUAUGAUUUUAGCUUUGAUAAAUGACUGAAGUUGGAGGAGCCAUGGUUGAAGUCAACAAUGCACAGUUGAGGAGCCAGACUACUUAAAUCAUCCUUAGAACCAUGACCAUAGCAGUAUAUAUAUAUUUUUUCGUCUUUGAACAACAACAAAAACAACAACAAAAAACUAUUUUUGCUGUAUUUUUACCAUAUAAAGUAUUUGAAAAACUUAAUUGAGUUUUUGUAGAUUUCUGGUACUCUGGUUCAACUUUAGCCUGAACCCCAACACAUAAAGGUGUUUUUUUUGUAUCAUCUGUAUUUUGAAAGUGGCUGUUUGUGUGUAGAGUGGUAUGAGCCCGUGCCAACCUUGCAUGCCAAAGAAAUAAAGGACACACCUAAAAGAGAACACUUAGUAGAUGAGCCAGGCUGUCUGCUAAAGUCAGAGCACAGAACAUUAAUAAUUUGGAUGAGAGGAGAAAGUUAACUUUUUGCCUAUAUUAUGGCAACUUCAUGUUAAUAUGGUUCAAGGAUUUGUGGAACUAUCACCUAAGUCUUUCCAUAAGAAUGUUAACUGAAAAUGACAUUUCAAAAUACAUAUUUCUUUGCAGAAUUUGUGAAACCUUAUAAGCCAUUUUCCCCAAGUACAAUGUAAUUCCUGCUUAUAGAAAGGAAAAAUAAAUUUUAAAACAAGAUUUUUGUGAUUUCCUCCACAAUCACCCCCAAACCCAUCCAAGCCCCCUGGCUCUUGCCAGGCCUUAUUUUUUUGUAGUUGUUCCAGUUGCAUUUGAUGUCUUUGAUAACAUAUUUUAAUGGGUUUGGAGAGGUGAUCUGGUAGAAGAUGCUCAUCAAAUUAGAACCAGGAAGACAUUGUCAGUGAUGUCUUUGAUAACAUAUUUUAAUGGGUUUGGAGAGGUGAUCUGGUAGAAGAUGCUCAUCAAAUUAGAACCAGGAAGACAUUGUCAGUGAAACUGAGUUCUGCUUAGUGCCAGGGUUAACAUUACCAUUUCUGUCCUGUGCUGACCACUUUGUGAAUUGGGAGACAAACACACCAUUUCAUGCGUGUAGCAGUAUUUACCCAAACUUGGUUCCUUAGCGCUAUAAUCCAUAAACUCCUGUCAUUGAUGAGCAGUUAACCUCCUAGCCAUGUCCCCAGCUCUGUAAAGUGAACCUUGACAGUUUAUCCUGUUUGCGCUUUAAUAUUGCCAUCUUAAGUAAUCAUUGGCGUUUAGGCAAAACAUGACUGCUAGAGUCCAAAGGGAUUAUUCAUUCUGGCAUGACAGGAAAUUGGGUGACUAAACAAGAUGUGCAGCCCCCAAGAUUGUUUCAUGUCCUUUUGGCCCUAGCCUGGGUUGAAAGUCUUGUUAAGAAGCAGGGGAGCCACUAAGCUAAAAACUGCCCAGCUACACCACAUUUCAGGGUGUAAGUCUUAGUGCCCUGGCCACACAUGAAGAGUGAAAUGGUAGGCAAAAGUAAGUUUGGUUUGGUUGGCCUC